ACUACCCGGCGGACAGCUGGUGCUCGGCACUUGUGGAAUCUAUACUGGGCCUGUGAUCAGACACCAGAGACAAGGGAGACGCUGACACUGGUAGUGUCCCCACGGCAAAGGUGGGGUUGUUUUUGGCUCACAAUGUGGACAAAGGAGCUAUCGGUGUGUCCAACCCUGGCCUGGGUUGGUAACCCCACCGCAGAAGCCGGUCUCCUUUUUGGUGGUCACUGUCGGUGACUUUAAGGAAGUUUCGGGAGCAGGACGACGACGUGGUAGACUUGACGGCACCGGCACAAAACCUCUCUCUCUCCAAAUCAAAUCCCAGAACUGAACUAACUAAUAAUAAUAAUAACUAACUAACACCAUAAGACUGUAUCAUCUAAUCGCCUGGGCCGGGAGAAGCUUGGGAACAUUUACUCACUUAUCUGUGCAUAUACUCGGCUAACCUGUUUCCCUCAUCUCGUUUCCUAUCACUUUAUCACGUCGUUGCUAAUCGAGUUUAUAACGGAAGACUCCGACUCCAGCUGUGUCCAUUUCUCCGGCUCCUUUUUAACCCCCUGCAGGGUACGUAACAUGAGAAAGGAGGUUUAAAGGUGGGGCGAGGGCAAGUUUUUUUUAAGAUGGGUGAGGGAUGGUUUUAAAGGAGUCUCGAAGGGCAAGUUUUGUUAACGUGACGGAGGAAAGGUUUCAAAGUGGUGUGUGGGGCAAAUUUUUUAAGACAUGGCGGAGGAAAGGUUUCAAAGUGGUGUGUGGGGCAAAUUUUUUAAGAUAUGGCGGAGGAAAGGUUUCAAAGUGGUGUGUGGGGCAAAUUUUUUAAGAUAUGGCGGAGGAAAGGUUUCAAAGUGGUGUGUGGGGCAAAUUUUUUAAGAUAUGGCGGAGGAAAGGUUUCAAAGUGGUGUGUGGGGCAAAUUUUUUAAGACAUGGCGGAGGAAAGGUUUCAAAGUGGUGUGUGGGGCAAAUUUUUUAAGACAUGGCGGAGGAAAGGUUUCAAAGUGGUGUGUGGGGCAAAUUUUUUAAGACAUGGCGGAGGAAAGGUUUCAAAGUGGUGUGUGGGGCAAAUUUUUUAAGACAUGGCGGAGGAAAGGUUUCAAAGUGGUGUGUGGGGCAAAUUUUUUAAGACAUGGCGGAGGAAAGGUUUCAAAGUGGUGUGUGGGGCAAAUUUUUUAAGACAUGGCGGAGGAAAGGUUUCAAAGUGGUGUGUGGGGCAAAUUUUUUAAGAUAUGGCGGAGGAAAGGUUUCAAAGUGGUGUGUGGGGCAAAUUUUUUAAGAUAUGGCGGAGGAAAGGUUUCAAAGCGGUGUGUGGGGCAAAUUUUUUUUAAGAUGAGAGAGGAGGUUGAAAGGGGGUUUGAGGGACAAGUUUUUUUGAGGGCAGGUUGAAAGGAGGAGUGAGAGGCAAGUUUCAUUAAGGUGGGAGAGGGAAGGUUUAAAGGAGGUUUGGGGUGUUGUGGAUAGUGUGGAGGGCUGUCAGAGGUUACAGCGGGACGUUGAUAGGAUGCAGAAUUGGGCUGAGAAGUGGCAGAUGGAGUUCAACCCAGAUAAAUGUGAGGUGGUUCAUUUUGGUAGGUCAAAUAUGAUGGCAGAAUAUAGUAUUAAUGGUAAGACUCUUGGCCGUGUGGAGGAUCAGAGGGAUCUUGGGGUCCGAGUCCAUAGGACACUCAAAACAGCUGCGCAGGUUGACUCUGUGUUUAAGAAGGCGAACGGUGCAUUGGCCUUCAUCAAUCGUGGGAUUGAGUUUAAGAGAUGAGAGGUAAUGUUACAACUAUAUAGGACACUGGUCAGACCCCACUUGGAGUACUGUGCUCAGUUCUGGUCGCCUCACUACAGGAAGGAUGUGGAAGCCAUAGAAAGGGUGCAGAGGAGAUUUACGAGGAUGUUGCCUGGAUCGUUGAGCGUGCCUUAUGAAGAGAGGUGUACACGAUGAUGAGAGGCAUUGAUCGUGUGGAUAGUCAGAGGCUUUUCCCCAGGGCUGCCACAAGAGGGCACAGGUUUAAGGUGCUGGGGAGUAGGUUCAGAGGAGAUGUCAGGGGUAAGUUUUUCACUCAGAGUGGUGAGUGCGUGGACUGGGCUGCCGGUGACGGUGGUGGAGGCGGAUACGAUGGGGUCUUUUCAGAGACUCCUGGACGGGUACAUGGAGCUUAGAAAGAUAGAGGGCUAUGGGUAACCCUAGUAAUUUCUAAGGUAGGGACAUGUUCGGCACGACUUUGUGGGCCGAAGGGCCUGUAUUGUGCUGCAGGAUUUCUAUGAGGUGUGAGAGGCAAGUUUUUAAAGAUGGGAGAGGAAAGGUUUAGAGGAGGUUUGAAGGGCAAGUUUUAUUAAGAUGGGAGAAGGAUGGUUUAAAGGAGGGGGUGAGAGGCAAGGUUUUUUUUAAGAUGAGAGGGAAAAUUUAAAGGAGGGGCGAGAGUCAAGUUUUUUAAGUCGAGAGAAGGUUGAAAGGAGGUUUUAGGGCAAAGCUUUUUGAGGGAAGGUUGAAAGGAGGUGUGAGAGGCAAGUUUUUUUUAAAAGAUGGCAGAGGUAUGGUUGAUAGGGGGUGUGAGAGGCAAGUUUUUUCAGAUGCAAGGAGGAAGAUUGAAAGGAGACGCGAGAGGGAAGGUUUUCUUCUGAGGGAUAGAAUGAGGAAAUUUUAAGGGUACAGGUGCACCCUCCCCCCUUUACAAAGGUAGAGCGGUCCGAUGAAAACUUUCUUCAGCCGAAAUGGCGUAAAGCGAAGAACCGUUAAUUUAUUUGGGAAAAAUUUUCGUAAAAGCAAAAAUCCUCUUUGUGAUGCAGAAACAGGUUACUAGUGUAGAUCUUUGGUAAAAGUGAAGCGGUGUACAGCAAACACCCGUAAAAUGGGGGGGCACCUGUAAAGAUUAGGGCAAGUUUUUGCAAGGUGACGGGGGUGACUGUAAAGGAGCUGUAUGGGGCAAGAUUAUUUUAAGGGGAGUGGGGGAACUUCUAAAGAAAUCACAGGGGCAAGUUCUUAUAAAGUGAGAGGGUUGAAAUUUAAACAUGUUUGGAGCAAAAUGUUUUUUUUAAAAAAGGUACAAGAGGACAGGUUUAAGGUAGACGUGAGGGAGAUGUUUUUUUUUAGAGUGAUAAGGACAUGUUAUUUUUAAGGUGAGAAAGAGGAGGUUUAAAGUAGAUUUUGCAGGGCCGAGUUAAGAGAUUAGAUUUUUUGGGCACAGGUGCAUCAAACUAUGCCAUUCAGCACACAAAGUACAGGAGGAACUCGGCAGGUCAGGUAGCAUCAAGGGGAGGGAAUAAACAGUCACUGUUUUGAGUCAAGACCCUUCAUCGAGAGAGGAGAGGAAGGGGGCAGAACCCAGAAUAAGAAGGUGGGGCUAGGGGAUGGGGUGCAAGCUGGCAGGUGGGUGAGGGAGGAGGGACGAAGAGAGGAGCUGGGAGGUGGAAGAGGUAAAGGGGUGAGGGAGGAACCUCUCCAAAGGGGAAUGCGGGCCUGGGAGAAAGGGAAGGUGGAGAAGGGGGUGGACGUGUGAGGAGGGGAGCAGUCCCUUCAUGUGUCCACCCUGCAGUCUGGUAGCUCCAGGAGCACCUCAAAGCCCGAGCUGUGAUCACUCUUCCCCAAAUGUUGCCCCCACCCGGCCAGGAGGAGUAGCUGGUAUACCAAUUUGUGCGGGUGUUUUGUGUGUGUGUGUGUGUGCGUUUAUGUGCGUGUGUUUCGUGUGUUUGCGCGCUUUUUGUGCAUGUGUGUUUUGUGUGUGUGGUUUUGUGCGUGUGUGGGUGUGUGCACGUUUAUGUGCGUGUGUUUCGUGUGUUUGCGCGCUUUUUGUGCGUGUGUGUUUUGUGUACAUGUUUUGUGCGUGUGUGGGUGUGUGUGUGUUUCGUGUGUGUGCGCGCUUUUUGUGCAUGUGUGUUUUGUGUACAUGUUUUGUGCGUGUGUGGGUGUGUGUGUGUUUCGUGUGUUUGCGCGCUUUUUGUGCGUGUGUUUUGUGUGUGUGGUUUUGUGCGUGUGUGGGUGUGUGCACGUUUAUGUGCGUGUGUUUCGUGUGUUUGCGCGCUUUUUGUGCGUGUGUGUUUUGUGUACAUGUUUUGUGCGUGUGUGGGUGUGUGUGUGUUUCGUGUGUGUGCGCGCUUUUUGUGCAUGUGUGUUUUGUGUACAUGUUUUGUGCGUGUGUGGGUGUGUGUGUGUUUCGUGUGUUUGCGCGCUUUUUGUGCAUGUGUGUUUUGUGUACAUGUUUUGUGCGUGUGUGGGUGUGUGUGUGUUUCGUGUGUGUGCGCGCUUUUUGUGCGUGUGGUUUUGUGCACGUUUUGUGCGUGUGUGGGUGUGUGUGUGUUUUGUGUGUGUGCGCGCUUUCUGUGUGUGUGUGCUUGUUUUUGUGCGUAUUCUGUGUGUGUGUGGGUGUGCGUGUGUUUUGUGUGUGUGGGUGUGCGUGUGUGUCUGUCUGCACCUUCCUCCGCCUUUGUAUGGGCACGCCUUCAUGGAGGUGUCUCUCCUGGUGUGUGUCUCUCUCUCUCUCUCUCUGCCUCUGAUCAGAUUCAGGGCGAGACUUUGGGUGAGUCACAGCGCAGGACAGCGAGAGCAAGUGCAAAAGUGAGAGUGCAUACAAUCGUGUAAAGUGUGUGCGGGUUCAUCCCCCUCUCUCUCUCCCGUCCCCGUGUCUGCGUUCAUGGGCAGGAAGUGCGGCCAGCGAGCACGCGUCACCGCUCUGCGGGAGGGGCUGGGUCACGCCCCCCGCAAUCCCCGCGGAGUUUGAGCCCCACAGAUAGCCGAAAUAACUUCCCUGGCCCACACACACCCCACUCGCCACCUCCCCACCAAAUUCUCCAGGCUGCCCCCCCCACCGGGGAAGUAAAGGGCAGUAUCCCUGGGCGGGGGCGAGGUGACCCCGGCUCCUCUUUCCCGGAGUCACGAUUCCAUGCGAACAGCCAACAAUUUCCUUUAUUGAAGUGUAAUCGGCGUGGUAGUGUCAGAAAGGCAGCAGACAGGCUGUGCACAGCAAAGACCCCACACACUGCAACGCGAGUCCCGUCGGGCCGGAUAAGAUCACAGUGGCGUCCCUCAGCAGAUUAAAUAUUGGUCCGGGACAGGAAGAGAGAUUAAAACUUGCACCCUACCCUCCACUCCCCUCGGGAGGGCUCGCUAACGUCCAGCCUCCCACCCCCGCACCCCCAAAAGGCACCCUGUACCAUGCUGUC